UCAGUACGUUUCCAGAAAAUGGCUCGGGUUGUGUGUCGAAGUGAAGUCUGACACGUAUUUUCCUAAAAUUCGUAGAUGAUUUGAUAAAAACUUAUUAUGAUUUUGUUUUAGUUACGUUAUUGUGUAUCAUAUUCUAACAAACCACCAAAAAUGGAGUUCCGCGAGACUUUGCUAGCUGCUCAACGAAAUCAACAACAAAAGUCAUCUCGCAACACAUACUACAGAGCUGGAUUCGAUCCGCCAAAGAAAGAACAACGGCAAAAGGACAAGUUGUCGGAGAAUAUAUUAAAGUUUUUAGCUAAGAAAGAUGAAGAAGAAAAACAGAAACAACUGGAAGCUCAGAAGAAGAAGGAAGAGUUGCUUGCUAUGCGUGACCCCAAGGCCUUGCGGAAGAUUCAAAAGACUCUGAAGACUAUCAAGUCUGCUAACAAGUCUGUGAUAGAGGAUGCAGUGGACCACGACAACACAGCUGUCACCAGGGCGGGUCCAGAUCAGCCGGACCAGGAUGACUAUGGAUAUGAAUCUCAGGAGGCAGCUGCUUUCUAUGGAAAAUUGAUGCAGAAAUAUAGCAAGAUACCUGAUGAACCCAAAUUUCCUAUGGGCAAGAAGAGUGUAAAGACAGACUUGAAAGGCACCAUGGAGCGAGUGAAGAAUGCCCUGGCACAUGAAGAUGACCCUGUCCCACACAAGAGAAGGCGGAGGACAGAAAAUGGUGAAAGAGAGUCAAGUCCUCCUCAAAAGUAUGAGCCAGAGAAACGUAAAGAAGAGAAACCCGAGAAGCCAAAGUUCCGCAAGCCUGCGCCGCCACCCAUGGACUUUAACCAGCUGCUGAAGCUGGCCGAGGAGAAAAAGAGCGCCCCAAUUGAAGUGCCCAGGCCGGUGUCCGCCAAGCCGGAGUCGGAGCCGGAGCGGCUGAUGACCAAGAAGCAGCGGCGCGAGUACGAGGAGGAGCUGGCGCGCCGCCAGCGCCGCCAGGAGAGAAUCGACGCCGAGAAGAACGGACGGAGACCUCAAAAAGAAGAAAGAGACAGGCCUGCUGACAAAGAAAAGAAACCGGAGCCUAGUGGAUUUGGGAGAAUUCCUAAAAUCGGCGAGAAAACGUCUUCCAGCCAGCCUUCCAACUCCGGCUCCACCUCUCACAAACAUGACAGCACUAAAACAUAUGAGCGAAGCAAAGACAAACCAUCCAGUGACCGGGACAGAGCUGACAAGUUGCAGAGAGAGAAAGAGAGGGCGAGGCAAGACAGGGACAAGGCGGACAGAGAAAAGGAGCGACUAGACAGGGAAAGACUGGAUAAAUUAAAGGCGGAACGAGAAAGGAUAGACAGAGAAAUGGAAAGAUUAAAUAGAGAUAGAGACAGAUUAGAAAAAACAAAGAUGAAAUUAGAAUCUAGUAAAUCUUACGACAAACCUAGCAAAGACGUAGACAGAAGCAAAUUGAGCUCCAAGGACCAAUUCUCACGACAGGAAGUCAAAAAGAAUAUAGAUUUAAAAAGCCAGAACACAUACAGGAUAGAUAAAAAUUCGAAUGAUAAGAAAUUUACAAUACCUAGCAAAAACGGCGAGAGCAAGUAUACGAACGGCCACAGUUCGCAGAGCAAACUGCCACAGAGAAGCAAAGAAGACGCGAGAAUGAGCGACAGAGACAGAGCUAUAGCCAAGCAAAGGGCCUCGCAGGAGAACGGCAAGCGUCCACCGGAGAGCAAGCCUCGGAGGCCGGAGGAGAGAGGCAAGGCGCCGGCCGCGCCCGGCAAGCCCGCCAUCUCCAAUUCGUUCGACUUCGACAAGCACGUCAGCUCGCUCGCCAAGGACAAGCUCGCCAAGCGGCCCGACGCCAGGAGGAAGAUGGAUGAUCCGAGAAAGAAACAGAAGCGGCGCGCCAUCGACUCCGAGUCGGAGUACGACUCGGAGAUGGACGACUUCAUCGACGACGGCGACGAGAACAUGGACUACUCCACACACAUCAAGGAGAUCUUCGGAUACGACAAGUCCAAGUAUCGGGACAUGGACGACGACGACGACCCGACGAUGGAGUCCAGCUUCGCGCGCCAGCAGCGCGAGGAGUACAUCAGCAAGAAGAUCGGCAUCAUGGAGGACCUCGAAGACAUGCGCAUGGAGGCCAUGGAGAAGAAGAAGGUGUCCAAGAAGAAACGCCGCAUCAGCGACGACUGACCGCGUGACCCACACGCCACGCCCGCCCCGCUUCCUGAGACCUGAACUAAUCAUGCAGAAAUAUAGUUAAUUUUUUUAGCAUUAAAAAAAGGUGAACAAUCUUGAUGAGUCUUGUAAUUGAAAAACAUGUUUUAAAAAUAAGUCACGGCAAAUAUGUAGCAAUUAUGAAUCUAAUACAAUCAUUUAUAUUAUUCUGCUUUCAUAAGUAAUAGUUACUGAUUUUCAAAACGCGUUUUUCUAUUAAAAGACAUGUCAAGAUCGCUUACCUUAUUUCUAUUGCUAAAAAAACGAACUAUAGUACUACAUGCAAAAUUCUAUCUGUCAAAUUUUACCGAUAUCUGAUAGCGGAAGAUCAGGAAUCUUGCUGUCCCUGUCUAUCGUGUGACUGUUUCUCGGUAGAGGGUGCCUUAAUAACUGCAAAAAGAAUUUUGACUGCAGUCACGUUGUCUCAUUUGUAGUAGUAUAAACGUAUAAACGGUUGGGGACAUUUUUUUCAAAAAAACGAACUAUAGUACUACAUGCAAAAUUCUAUCUGUCAAAUUUUACCGAUAUCUGAUAGCGGAAGAUCAGGAAUCUUGCUGUCCCUGUCUAUCGUGUGACUGUUUCUCGGUAGAGGGUGCCUUAAUAACUGCAAAAAGAAUUUUGACUGCAGUCACGUUGUCUCAUUUGUAGUCUGACUCUUGCGCACUCAUGGGAUGUUCAUAUACCACAUAGCUUCCCUUUCGCACACUUCAGCUGUCUUUAAAUGUAAGCAAAAAUGACAGGUCUGUGGAAAAAAUAAGGAUCUAAGUCAAAUGGCGUUCUAAAAGUGUUAAUCAUUUGUGUCGAAAGAUGGUAGUAAAUGUACUGACUACAUAAUUCACUUUGAUAAUAUUCCUCUAUUUCAAAUUCUCUUUGGUAACUGUCCAAAAGUGUUGUGAGCCUAAAAAGUCUCCUUUCGAACAAAACCACCCUAUGUCAUAAUCGCUUCUUUGCCGUCAAAAAUAUAACAUCUAUCGGGCGGGGGUAGAAAAUAUAUGAUAGAACAUAAUAAGUAACAAAUAUUCUGUGAGACACGGACAUAUUAAAUAUAUUAAAACGGGUAUUAUUAUUAUAUUUAAGUGAAUGAACCGUUUUAAUGCAUUUAAUAUACUUACUAAUAAGUAUUUUCACAAUUUAUCCUUUUGUAAUACCAUAGUAAAUAUGUAUAAUUAUGAUUCUUUUUACUACCUAUAAUCACAAUGACUUGCGGACAAUUUUGUGCCUGUAAUCCUGUACGAUACGAGUGUGCAUAAUAUAAGUUUAAAAUAUUAAUUAUUAGAUUUAGUUAGUACGUUUUGUACAAUAUUAUGGCGAAUAAAUUAAAUCAAUGGUUAUAGUUUACUUACGUUUAGUUGUUGUUGUAUUAGUAUUGAAACAAGCUGAUGUCCGUGUGAUUUAUGUUACGCACCGUAUGUGAAAUAUAUGCCAAAAUAAUCAACAUAUUAAAAUUAACGCUACUUAACAGGUAUGAAUAAAUGGGGCAUUUUCUAUGAAAAGGGACCUUAUUGUCGAUGGCGCUUACGCCGCACAGCGUCGCGCGGCAUUGUAUUUAUAUCGGAGCAUCGUUAAUAAUGGCGUAAGCGCCAUCGACAAUAAGGUCCCUUUUCAUAAUUUGCACUAGCAGUUCAGGUAACGUUUAGAAAUGAGUAAGAGGGGUCCUGACCUGACUGAAAUCUGACUUUAAUAGGCAUUCUGUAUUUUUUUGAAGUGAAAACUUCUUUAGCGCUGUGCACUUUUUGUGAUGGGGAAAGAUGUUAAACUGGCGAGAGCGAAAGACGUAAGACGGACACGUGACCUGAUCGAAAAACUUACAAUGUUAUUGAGUUUUCACUUCUGCCGGCACUCUCGGAGUGCAAUCCGUUUUUUCUUUUCGUCGUAGUUGCAAGAGCUUGGUUUCUAUUGUAAUGGGACCCCUUGUACUUUACUAAGAUCUCACAACCACAACAGCUCUUCACUUCCCAAAUGUAUGUUUAAGUCUUAUUGUUGUUUAAUUAAGUGUAGUAAAUUGUAAAACUUGUACAGUUGUAUAGCUUCAUGACAAGUGAGAAAAAAAAAUAUAUUAUUAAAUUUCUAUAUAUUCAGCAAGUUA